AACUCCCUUCCCCCCACAGCUCGUGGUUUCGAACUCCUACUCGCCCCACUCCUGCCCGACCUUGCAAGUCAAGCAUCAUACUACCGAUAGUAUACUCGAAUACCCGUUAAUUCGACCCUACUUCACCCCUGUGACAAUAGCCCACCGCAACAUUACUCCCCUCUCCCCCUCCCCCAGCAGCAUAGCCCGCAAGAAGGGUGUAGGCGACCCUCUUUUCCCCUCGCUCCGCAUCCGCACCUCUCCUAAAGCCUCCCGUAAUUAAGCCCUUUCCUUGUCCCCUCUUUCCCCUAGUUGCCCCCCUGACUAAAGCGUGCAAUUGCUAAACUAAAAUGAAGGGGCGUUGAAAAAACCCUAUAGUCCCUUCCAGGCCACAUAUUCCCGUAUGGGACCAUGCCCGGUUCCGCCACGCUAAAUGCGCACAAAAUGACCAUGAACCCCGAACCAGGACUCCACGCAACAAUCCGGCGAUUCUGGCAGGUCCGUCCCCCCUUCCACCCCUCUCCCCUCUACUAACCAACCCCCUCCCCACAGCAAUCCUACGGUCCAGACUGGCUCUCCCUCCUCCUCCUGGCCCUGGCAAACCUCGCCGUUGGCUUGAUAGAACCCUUUCAGCGCAUGUUCAGCCUCGAUGACCGCACACUGCACUUCCCGCACGCGGAGAUCGAGCGCGUGCCCGUCCCCAUGCUCCUAACGUACUCCAUCGCCCUCCCAACCCUCCUAAUCCUCCUCUCCACCAUAUUAAACCUACACAAAACGCGCGAGCAGAAGCUCCACCAAGUGCACGUGUCCCUACUAGGACUAGCCAUAUCCCUAAUGCUAACAACCUUCAUCACGGACACCGUCAAAAACGGCUAUGGCCGGCCAAGGCCCGACUUGAUCGCCAGGUGUAAGCCGGAGGAAGGUACACCAGAGCACGAAUUGGUCGGCAUGGAGGUAUGCACCGAGCAGGAUUACCACACACUUUACGACGGGUUCAGGAGUUUUCCCAGCGGGCAUAGUAGCUUUUCCUGGAGCGGUCUGGGGUUUUUGAGCUUGUUGGUCUCCCCCCCCUCCUCCCCACUCCCCCUCCACUCCUUCCCUCCCGGAUACCGGCGAGUAAUGAUGGAGGUGGAACAGAUUCCUCUUCGGCCAAACCCGGGCCCUUCGUCCUGGCAGUGACAUGUGUCGGAUAGUGAUAUCGGCCCUACCGUCACUUGGCGCACUCCUAAUCACGCUUUCCAGAACGGAAGACUACAGGCACGACAUUUACGACGUUAGCACCGGCACUCUGAUUGGUGCUUCGGUUACAUAUUGGAGUUAUGCAUGUCCCCCCCCCCCACUUCUACUGUCCCUUCCACAUUCCGAUUGGCUAACAAUUCCUCAGCGAAGAUACUUCCCACCACUAACCUCCUCCUCAUGCAACUCCCCACUCCCGCCCAGAGGGAGGGAAAAUGAGCAGACCUAUUCAAAGACGGAGUUUGAGAUGAUUCCUACGAGGCCGUCGACACCGGAUCUAGAGACGGGGCAGGGGGCCUGAGGUUAUACCUCUCCCCUCAUAGGUGGAUUAUAUGAGUUGUGUAUUUAUUCUGCGCUUCUUAUGCGUAGGUACCUGUUAUAUAGAAAUAUCGUGCCCUGGUUAAUAUAGUCAUUUUUUGGUUGGUUAGUAGUCCGAAAGCCGGACGUUUCGCAUGAUGAUGAUCAUGAUGGCAAGGUGCACGCCCAAUCACCCGGCUGAAACCCCCACUUCCACGUGUUUAACAAGCGAGCAGCCUGCAUCUCCUUCUCAUGCUCGAGCACUAG